AUGAAUGGAUGCCGUGAUUUAGGCAAUGAUAUUAUCAAAUCAUUUUGUAGCGCCUUCUGGCUUGAAGAAAAACACUGGUUUGUUGUCAUUACUGACGCCAAAACAGAUUGGUAUCACGAUAAGAUCAUCCUUUCGACAGUAUCGCUCUAUGCACCUCAAUAUUGGGAUUAUAAUCAUCCAUUAAAGCCACGGUUCACAACAGCCCCAAGUUCAUUUGAUUUCAGCCGCUAUAUCAAUCAUCUGAUGCUGGAAUUUAAAGCUAUAGGUUGUGGUGCAACUGAACGUUUGAAAAGAACAUUGGAUUAUAUAACAGACGAUGUUGUACCGGAAGAAGAGUUAAAUUUUUCAUUGGAUAAUGAUUGCUUGCAAUCGUACAACCUGAUUAAUGUUCAAACACUCGAGCUGCGCGAUGACUCUGUUUCAUCUCCCAUCCCUUCAACACUUGAAUCUCGGCCAGGCACUGGUUUCGGCAAACUUCCUCUUCAGACUGCUCGAAAUUAUGCCUUCUGUGACUCAUCUCACCAUCCCACACAAUCUGAAACUAGAAAACUUCGAUAG